UCUUUAUACAUCAAUUUUAACAUGGUAUCAGAGCAGGUUUAGAACCAAAUAUUUUCGCUUCCCCGGCGGGCGGCAACCUCACCUUAGCUGCCCGCCGGACCUCAACCUAGUCCGCUGCGUCUGCUAGCUCUGGCGCACCAUAACCACCGAACCCAUGUUCACAAAAAUGCACCUCUCCCGAGCUUUCUCUCCGAGCCUCAUCCUUCAAACCAAGACCCCCAAACACGGCCUCCCAUACGAUCUCUACUUGGCCGAACCCACUACUUGCCACUCAAACGACGCCGACAGCCGUGUUCUGUCCCGGUAUAUGCGAUCCGAGUGCAUCAAUUACAGCUACACUUACGAGUCUCCUCUCCCCGUUGGCCGCCUCGUCGUUCAGCUCGCUGACAAAGCCCAGGUUUGUACCCAGCGCUCAUGGAAACGGCCGUAUGGGGUUGGUUUGCUGGUCGCUGGCUUGGAUGAAUCUGGGGCUCACCUCUACUACAAUUGCCCAAGUGGAAACUAUUUCGAAUACCAAGCUUUUGCCAUUGGGUCCCACUCACAAGCAGCUAAGACAUACUUGGAACGCAGGUUUGAAAGCUUCAUAAGCUCUACACGGGAAGAUCUACUCAAGGAUGCACUCUUUGCAUUGAGGGAGACUUUACAGGGAGAAAAGCUCAAGAGCUCCAUAUGCACGGUUUUUGUGGUAGGAGUGCACACAGAACUCACAACCAGACCCAGCUUUUCUUUUUUUUAUCACCCACCAACCCCACUCAACUUUCUUUUAUUAUAGCUACCCAAUCCACCGCCCACAGUAAGUAGGUUUGCAUAGAUCCACACCACUCAACUUUCUUUUUUUAUUUUAUCACAAAAACUCUCUCUGGUCCCUUUUUUUUUUCCACUAGCCCCACUUUACUAUUUCCCUUACUUUAAAACCAAACUUUAUUUUUUAUUAUAAAAGCCAUUAGAUAAUUCAUAUGUACAUCUGCAACUUCUAGAUACACAACAAAAACAAAAAAAACAAAAAACAACAAGCGCUCUUUCACGGAUACAAAAAAAAAAAAAAAA